UUAAAAUUGACUGCCGGAAUGGAUCCAAAUCUGAAUGAAAUGAAUGUGGCUGAAGAGCAUUUAAAGGAAUCGUUGGAAGUUAUGUAUAGUGAUAUCUACAAAAAAUAUAUUCGAGAUAUCCAACGGCAAAGUUAUUUAUGUGCAGCAGAUUGUUGUAAAAAUUUGAUUAAUCAAAAAGAUGUUGCUAAAUGUUCUGAACAAUGUCAGGAUAAGCUUCGUAAAGUUUUUGACAAAUUUGAUCAGGAAUCUGAGGCUAUGAAUAAUCAUUUGGCCAGAGGAAUUAUGUCAUGUCAAGAAAAGGAACGAAAGAAAUAUAAUCGUGAUUAUGUUAAAUUGAAUCCUUCAGAGAAAAAGGAAUUUGAUGAAGGUUUUACUAAAUGUGCUGUUAAAUGUUUCGAAGAAAGUACGAGUGAUUUGACUAAAUUGAAGGAACGUUUAUUGGCAUUUGUUAAAGAUAUUUAGAUAAAAAUUGUUUUAGAUAAGGUUGCAGCCUGAUCCUUUGGGUUGAGAAGUCGGGAGUUUGACAAAAUACUUGGCCAAAAUGUGUUUUCUUUUUUUGUCAGGGUUAGUUUGUGUCGGGCUGCAACACUAGUUUUAGUGAU